GUUCAGUCAAGCAGAACCCGUCCAGCUGUACGGUUGGUGUCUUCGUUAGUCCUUCAGAGACGUUUGUUCCUUGGACACUAUUUGUCUGAACCGAACCGAGUCCGGUUCCUGGGUCUGGAUCACUGGUCCGAAAAUCAGAGAGCUGUGACAUCACACGGUGGUGGAGAAACACCAUGUGACCUCAUCACACACACACACACACACACACACACUGAGGCAGCGUCAGCAGGAGGAGGAGCCAGCAGGCUGAGGAUGCUGUCAGGUUGCCGUGGUUUCAGCCUCCUGCUUCUUGAGCCGACCGUUGCGUGCGCGGCCGAAGGCUGAGAGCCGUGAGGAUUUAUGACAGGACGGAGGAGAGGAGGAGAGGAGGAAAGGAGGGGAGGAGGAGGCUGUGACAGCAGGAGGUGUUGAAGGGUGGAUUAUCGCUGCCGCAGAAAAACAUCAGAGUCAUCGUUUCCUCUGAGUUCCGGCCAUCAGGAAGCUCCAUCUGAGCAGAGGGAGGACUGAAGGAGGGAUGGAGGGAGUGUGAGUCCUCGCUGGUCCUCAGAUCCGUGGGAAGUCAUGACCUCUCAGGACGAGGCGUCUUCCUUCAGGAGGUUCUUUCAGUACGUGGAGGACAGCGCGCUCCGAACAUACGACGGUCUGGUGAUCCAAAACGCGUCCGACAUCGCCAGAGAGAGCGACCGCGUUCGGAACCAGACCAACUGGACCUACCUGCAGGAGAAACACCAGAAGAAGAGACGGCAAGAAGAGGCCAUCAAGAGGAUUGGAGAAGACGUCGCCACGGCCUCAGAUGGGGCAUACUCUGGAAAACAUUUCAGGAUGGGCUUCAUGACGAUGCCGGCGCCACAGGACCGACUGCCCACGUCAACCCAAGGCUUCACUGUGCGAUCCCAGUCUCUUCACUCAGUCGGCGGCGGAGAGGAAGACUCCAACCACAGUCGCAAGCAACCUCCACCCAAACCCAAGCGAGACCCGACCACCAAACUGAGCAGCAGCUCUGAGGCGGUGGAUGGAGUCUGUGGUUUCAUAAAGAGAGAGUAUCAAGAAGCAAAAGAUGGUGCAGAACUUUCAGAAGCUCGAUACCAUCACCACAGUGAAGAAUCCAGGAAGAUGCCUCCACCCAAACCCAAGAGAGACCCAAACACUCAGCUUAGCUCCUCUUUUGAUGAGUCCUACGUCCGUAACCACUGCAGCAAGAAGUCUUCCCUCCAAGGCGACAAAUCCUCGUCUCAGAGUCACAGCCCGGCAUCCAGAGACACGGACGACGAAGAGCCGGUUUACAUCGAGAUGGUCGGAAACAUCCUGCGAGAGCUGAAAGGUCAGGAAGCCGUGGACGACGAGCAGAGCGAGUCUGUGUACGAGGAGAUGAAGUACCCGAUGCUGGAGGACUUUCUGCAGGAUGUGCAGACCACCAUCAUCGACAGUGAGGCGUGGUCUUCCCGCGGUUCGUUCUGUGACAUUCCUCCACCCUUCCCAAACCUCCUGACGCACCGCCCUCCGCUGCUCGUCUUCCCGUCCGCCCCGGUCCAGUGCUCCCCCAACUCCGACGAGUCCCCUCUCACCCCGCUUGAUGUCACUCGUCUGCCUAUGCUAGAAAACGUUAGCUUGAGUAAAUCGGGUGGAGCAGAGCAGCCACAGAGCUCCUGUCACCACCGUAAAGACCGAGACCGGGAACGGGAACGGGACCGAGACGCGUCCCACACUCACACAAUCACAUCCUCUGGUCGCUCAUCAGCCCCUCCCCUCGCCUCCAGUUUUUACAAGUCAUCUAGCUCCGCCCACAGUGGUCACGGCUACCCCCGCAGCCAAUCAGCAUGCCCGUCUCCGGUCAGCAUGGGGCGCGCUCUGACUCCUCUGAGUUUGAAGAGGCCGCCCCCUUAUGACACUCUGAUAGCAGGAGGAAGCAUACCCCGCUCCUCUUCCUCAUCAUCAUCAUCCUCACAGAGAGCAGGAGAGGGCGGAGCUAAACUCAGUAACUCCUCCUCCGCCCACGGCUCCAUGCACAACGUCUCGGCGCGGUGCCAGACUCCCACCAGCCCGCUGGACGAACUCAACAACCUGUUUGCGUCCGGCAGGCAGGUGAUGAAGAGGGGCUCAGCAGGGAGGAAGAGCAGAGAGGGCGAAGGUGAAACAACCAGAUCUGUGGGAUGUUUGAUUUCUGCAGGAGACUCCAAGUCUCUGCCAAGACACAACAGUAAAGACAGAGACGGACAAUCCAGUCCUGUUUCCAGCAGGAUGGGGAGGUCGUCUGUGAGCCCCACCAUGAUGCUGAUGGGGGGAGGAGGAGGAGGAGAAUCAAAGACUGUGGGUAAACUGGGCCGGUCUGCAUCAACAUCAGGGGUUCCGUCUCCAGGUGGAACGCCACAGCGCCACCUCCAUGACGUCCACCACCCGGUCCUCAGCCAGAUGCCGUGGCUCUGCGGCGACGCCACCAUGAUGGAGAUGAUCGAGAAGAAGAGAGUUUUGUGCCGAGAGAUCAAAGCCCGUCAGCGGCCGGAGAAGAACCUGUGCAAACAGGACAGCAUGCCCAACCUGCCCAGCUGGAGGAGGAAGCAGCCGCCGCCAUACUCAGCCCCGCCCACCGGACACGCCACCACCGUGUUCUGGGACACCGCCAUCUGAGCUCAACCCAGAGGGACGUCCAGAACAACGUUCUCAACUGAGGCAGAGAGAAACCGAUGAGGAUGAGGAUGAUGUCAUGUUGAUGAUGAUGAUGAUGAUGAUGGUAACCAUAGUGGUGACAAUGAUGAUGAUGAAGAUCAUAAUAAUUUAUUGGUUAUUGGUUAUUGCUAAUGAUGAUGAUGGUAAUAAUAGUGGUGACGAGAGGUGGUCAUGAGGAUGGGGAUGAAGAUAAUUAUGAUGAUGAUGAUGGUGAUGAUGAUGAUGAUGAUGGAGAUGAUGGUGAUGAUGAUGGUGAUGAUGAUGAUGAUGGUGAUGAUGAUGAUGAUGAUGAUGAUGAUGGUGACGGCGAUGAUGAUGAUGAUGAUGGUAACCAUAGUGGUGACAAUGAUGAUGAUGAAGAUCAUAAUAAUUUAUAAUGAUCUUCAUCAUCGUUAUUGGUAAUGAUAAUGAUGUCAUGAUGAUGAUGGUGGUCAUAACAAUGAUAAUGAUAGGACGAUGAUGAAGAUGAUGUCUCAUCCUCAUCUUCAUCAUCAUCUUCCUCCAGAGCUGCUGGCCGGUUGAAUUUGCUGCCAGCUGAUUGGUUGAUGAGUUGAACUUUCCAGUCGUUCUUUUUGCUUUGAACAAUCAUUUGAUUCAGUUUGACGUUCACCUGCAGACUCGCCUGCUUUGAUGUUUCCACUUCCUGUCACGUGACGCAGUUUGAGUUGACUUCAUCCUCAUCUGAACCUCGUUGAUGUUCCACAGGUGACAGAAAUUAAUGUGCGUCAGUAAAUAAGCAUCGAUCAGAUCGUCGUGGUCAGACAGGAAGUGACGCUGAACACACGCCGCAGCUUCUGUUGGUCUAUCCUAGUGAGGACACUCACAUUACAAGAUGCAGUUUGAGGGUCGGACCCGGUUCUGACCUGGUUCCGGUCCAAACGGACAGCCUUUCAGCCAGGUUUUAACUCCUCAAGGCAAAGGUCCAAGCAGGUAUCCUGCUGUCCAAUCAGAGCGCAGAGCGGCGCGCAGGAGGCGUGGCUGUUCAGGUGUAGCAGAGAUUCCUGUCGUCCUUCUAGUUCUUAUUUUUUUAUCUGUAAAAUAUUCAGAUGGUUGUUUCUUUUUAAGUCGUGUAGCAGAAAAUAUGAACUCCUCUAUGUUUGAAAAGAAGACGCGGCGCAUCACAGCGAUGUGUUUUUAUAUUUCUGGAAGAAAAGAUGGUGACGUCUGUGUGUGGAGUGUAGUUGGAACGUGAACAUGUUUUUAUAAAAUAUUUUAAAACUGAGAAUAUUUUGGCAGGCUGGUUGUUGGUUUGUGAUCAUUUGCAAGUGGUGAAUUUCCAAUCCAGCCUGACUCCAGUUUGACUCCAGUUUGACUCCAGUUUGACUCCAGUUUGACUCCAGUUUGAUUCCAGUUUGAUUCCAGUUUGAUUCCCGUUUGAUUCCAGUUUGACUUCAUUGUAACUCCAGUCAGACUCUGUGGACAUUCUCAACUGGACUCAACUGUAAAUUCCAGUUUGAUUUAAGAUAAAUAUAAAUUUAGAUUUUAAAUUUCUUCCUUUAUGAUUAUUUUAUUUAUGUAUAUUAUUUGAUCAAGUUUUUCAAUCCAGUUUGACUCCAGUCUUACUCCAGUGUGAAUCCAGUUUGACAGCAACAGAACUCAACAGUAAACUAAGUGACUAGUCUGAGUUUGAACUAGAACCAGAGUUAACUAACCCGGGUUAAUCGGGUUCAGUUUGAUCCAAAUCUUACCCCAGUGUGAACACAGAUUAAAUCCAGUUUGGCUUCAUAAAUGUAGCCAGAAACGAUUCGUCCUGUUGGAUAACAGCCAUUUCCACACCACAGAGUGAAUCACACUCAAACAGUUUAUCAGGAUCUUCACCUGACCUUUGACCUGGAGGUCAGGUGGCUGUUGAUCUGCAGAUGCCUGCUGGUCCUGAUGAGCCAGGAGAAACAAAACUUCAUUCUUUCUGUGAUAAACGUGAAACGACCUGAAGCCAAGCGCAGGAUUCAGGUUGAAAUAUGCACAUGGAUUAAAUAUUAAAUAUUUAUCUGCUCACAAACUUCUCCUUUUGCACAAAAUGUUUGUCAUCAUUAUACUAAGUGCACUUCCUGAGUUUGUAAAAGUUUCCUCAAACACGAUUUAUUUGUAGUUAUUUACAGGAAAUGAACAUUAUAUCAGACUAUCUUAAUGUUUCAUGCAGUUUCUUUAGGAAAUUAUUGAAAUUGAGCUGAAAUGCUGCAGAGAAGCAGAUUGAGUUCUGAUUGGUCCAAAGAUCAGCGGUUGGAGAUGCAGCUCUCUGAUUGGUUGAUAGAAGCAUUUAAACAAUGUGUGAACGCCAACAGGCGCUCCGACUCGGAAGCUGGUUCAGAUUAUUCAUGACUUGUUCUUCAUGAACUGUGAGAAUCUGAUGGAUGCCGCGGUUUCCUGCUCUGAGAUUAUUGCACUUGUUUAUUUUUAUUGAAACUGUGAGAAAGGAAAGAACUGAUGUAUUUGAUUAUGUUUUCAUCAAUGAAGAUGAAAUAUGAAUAAAGUUGAUUUUUCUGAUCCAGAGUCCAGCCUCUUCUCUUGUUUGUGAUUUAACACUCGACUGGUUGGUUUCAAAAUGAGAACAGCA